AUGGCGACGACAACAUCACCGCCUAUGCCCAACAUCGGCGGCCUGCUGGCUCCCAUCUUGCCCGCCUUGCCUCCUGCCUCUAUCUCCACACAGCCGGCCAUCGGCGUCUUGCCGCUGCUUAGCCCAAUCCUGAGGCAAAGAGUUCAGCUCCUCUCAGAGUCUAGCACUGAACCCUGGAUUCGCCUGCUUGCCUACGACACAGACAAGGCAGCAAGACUGAGCGAGAUUGUCCAGAGCGGUAGACUAGAACCCCAUCCUGUAUCAGGCGAGGUCGAGGUGGACUGGGAGUACGAUGCGAAGACGCGAUACAGGCGACUCGACUUGGAGACGCUGCAGGCGCUCGUUGUACUCGAGGAGCUCGAACUGUCGUUUCGUCUCAUCUACUGCGUCGGCGACAAGGACGGCGGCGGUGACGGUUGGAGAGUCGGCGAGGUCAGCGUCGUCGACAAGAAUGCUCCAUUCGGCGACUUCGGUGGCUACUCGACCAUCGCGGAGGCUGAGAAGGCCCACGCAGACGACAAGGCAUCGAAGACGAGCAGCUCUAAAACCCCAGCUGCAAGCUUUGACGCUGCCGAGGCCGACGAGGAUGAGGAUGACGGCUACUGGGACCGAUAUGACGCGACGCCUGCUCGUACGCCUGCCAACCGAACGCCAGCAGUCAAGCGCUCGCCUGCACCACACGCAUCGCAAGCGUCGCAGCUCGGUGCGUUCCGUACAGAUUCGGCAGAGGAUGCCUACUAUGCGCAAUACGAUUCUGUGCAGCCGGCGAUGGAUGCUCACGAUCCCGAUGAGGAGGUUGAGGGCUUCGAUGUCGCACCGCCUUUGGGUCUGGGUACCGUCGUCAGCCAAGAUAUCUCGGAGGCAGGACUUACCGAAACCAACGGCUCUUGGACGAUGGCUGAGCCGCCGCGUUCGCCCUCCAUCCACAGCCAAGACGAGGACCGGGCGGCCGUACUUCUCCACCCCCGCCCGGCAUCAAGCGCCAGCAGUAACGGAAGCCGCAUGGUCGAGAAGCUCGAGGAGACCGCCGAGAAGCAAGGCGCGAAUGAGUUCGGCGUAAAGCAGCACGUGUCAAGAAGCCUUCGCAGCCUCUUCCUGUUGGCACGCUCGUCUGGCAUUGACAGGGAGGAGUUUGAGCGGCUCGUGAAGACCGAGCUGGAUGUCCUCGGCAUGAUUGAGGAUGAGGAGGAGUGA